UUACUUCUAUCCAAGAAAGAAUUCGACUGUGGUAUCUUUUCGAACAUAUUUCGGCAAUAUACCCCAUUGUAACUUUCACUUUUGUUUGGCUUUCGAUGCGAGAAGCCCGACUUUUAUAUUUGAAUUAUCCGCUGAGCAUGCGAAUAGUCGAAAACUUGCCAACCAUCUUCAGCAAACUCUUGACGGCGUACCCGCUAGACACUAUUGGAUACCUCGAGUUUCCUACAUAAUUGCCACCAUGGGUGACUACUACCGCCAAUUCCUUUCUACAAUGACAGGAGGGGAAGGCUACUUGCCUACGAGCCCCGACGAACUGAACCCGGGCCUCAUGCCUGGAGCUGUGCUGCCUAUGUCGACCCCACCAAUACCUUCGCCGUAUCCCUCUACUAUUGAAUAUUUCGCUGCAUAUGCCGAACCUGCUGUUGUUAAUGCCCCCAAGGCGGGCAAAAGCCGGCGACGAUCGACUGCAAACCAAGGCGGAGGGAAUCCGGACCAAGUGAAGCAUCGGAGGACGCGUUCCGGCUGUUAUACAUGUCGAAGCCGCCGAGUAAAGUGUGAUGAGACCCGGCCGAUAUGUGAUCGUUGCAGGAAAGGAAAUCGAGAAUGUGCUUAUCCUGAACCACCAGGAUCAAAAGGUAAUUUUGGCCGCUCUGCUAUCAAGUCAAAAGACGGUUCAUCUAUUCAGUGUAUAAGCCCCACAUCUUCUAACGAGGGAGAAGAAGACGAUACAGAGCAAGACGCUAGGCUUGAGACCAUUCCUGACGACGACGAACCCGAUGGAUUACUGCGUAGAGAAUCAAUGUCUGUGUUGCCACAAGUCCGAAGAGCAAGUGCAGUAUCUCUUAAUACUACCCCAGGGGGCGGCCGCCAGAAUUCCGAAACGCCGUCACAGGACGGUACUAAGAGCGUUUCGCCCUCAAACUCAAAUUCUACCGUCACGACGGGAAGCUUGACGCUGGCUGGACAUACGGGGCAGGAAGCGACGUUGCCGCCGAGCGGGACUGCAGACCAGACACACUUGCCGCCAGAUUUCCAGAAUUACCUCCAAUUCUUUAAAAAGAAUAUGACGAACUAUCAUUACGGCUUGGCGGUUGAUGAAGACGACUUUUUCAACUCUGAGCUACCCAAUGUUGCGAUACAGUUUGAGCCGUUGCUCAAUGCGUUGGUUGGAUUCGCCGCGUAUCAUGUUACUCUGCGAAAUCCAAAUGGGAAACUUCAAGAUUUCCUCCAAUAUUAUAAUAGAAGCGUGACGCAACUGCUAAGGCUCUUGAAAAGGAAAGAAACGCACAAUGUCCAUGUGCUGUUAACAAUACUGCAGCUCGCUACAAUUGAGGAGUAUCUGGGCGACUGGGUGAACCUCAUGGGGCACCAGAAAGCCGCUUUUGAAAUUCUCACCCGCAUUUAUACUCCGCAGACAGCGAUGCAAUCCUCCAUAGGCCGAAUGUGCCUCAGCUGGUACGCCCGAUUUGAUAACAUAAUCGCCCUGAUGGGCAGAUUUCCUACUGAGAUUUCCCGGGAGUGGUUUACCACCAUGGUUGCGUUUUAUCAAAGCCAGAUGACAUCAAAUCCCACCGAAUUACGUUGGAAGAUUGAAGAUCGGUCCGCUCGUCUGCGUCUCAUCUCUUACGACAUGUCUACCUUGUAUGCUCGUGGAAGUCGACAACAAAUCGAGCCAACGGAUUACGCAUAUGAGCACAAUUAUUUGACUGCACAGCUUGAAGAAUGGAAGGGAAGCUGGGAUCCGGUUCUAUGUGACCCAAAACAUCUCGUUACUGAUUUUCCUUGGCGGCGUCUCUUGGACCCUAACGAUAUCGUCGAUCCUUACCGCCCAGGACUACUCUAUGAUCAUCCAUUAUUCAACAGCACCAUUAUUACGAUGGAAUGGCACAGCAUCGUCAUAAUGCAUAAAAGCCAAUCGCCCGAUUUGUCUCCAGAACAGCUGUUCGCGGAAUUGGGGGGGCAUGCGUUUACAGUGUGUGAGCUCUUCGAAUGCAUGGAGCAUUGGCCGGAGCUGCCGGCGGGAACAUUAAUAGCGAUGCAGCCAUGUCUUGCAAUUGCAGGCCUUUUUUUGCCGCACCAACCGAAUCACAACAUGUGGCUGCGGCAGAAGUUUGCGAUUUUGGAAGCUCAGGGACACAUCAACCCUGUCACUCGCCGUACGAAGAUGGCGGAGAUCUUUGGAGACCCUUCAUGUGUCCAUUGGUGGCUACCAAACGAUCAAGGUUUUACGCCGAUCCUCCAAAGUAUACGAAGCUUCGCAGACGAACGAAAUGCUAGGGCGGUGAAUUCGCAGCAGGUGAAUCUCCGGGAAGUGAAACACCUCUUCGACAAACUUAUCCUUGGAUGACGAGCGAGAAUCAAAUGCGAUAUUUUUUUUAAGAAAAAAAGAUUUAAAAAAGAAAAGAGGAA